GGCAUCCCAACUGCUCAAUUGUCAUGAGUGGAGGGGUCUUGAAUCCAGGUAUCGGGUUCGCUUCCGGAGGAGGUGAGCGCGACGCGAGCAAUAGUUAAGAACCCUAGCGAUGGUGGGGGAGGCCCUUGCGGUUUUACGAGGGUUUUGAUCGCCAUGGCGCUCGGGAAGCUCACUAUAGUCAUUGGCGCAGGUAUAAUUGGGACUGUUCUCUCAAAGGAUGGGCAAUUAUCUGAUGUUACAAAAUUCUUUUCUGGUGCUUUCAAGAUUGUGACAAGACACUUGAAACAAGACAACUCUCAGUCGACAAGUAAACCACAAACUGAUUCUCUAUUAGCUCAGGUCAAUACUCUUAGAGAGGAGUUGCAAAUCUUGGCUUCCUCAAGAUCAGUUACGAUCAUUACUGGUGGAGGACCAGGUUCUGCAAGAUUUGGUGUUACAACUGUCAUUGUUGUUGGAGCUCUUGGAUAUGUCUUCAUAUGGUGGAAGGGAUGGAAACUUUCAGAUUUGAUGUUUGUUACUCGGCGUGGCUUCUCGGAUACUUGCAAUUGCAUUGGCAGACAGUUAGAUCUUGUUUCAUCAUCUGUUUCGGCUGCUAAGCGACAUUUAUCUUCGAAGAUUGACCAUGUAGAUAGUAACUUGGAGGAGUGCAAGGAGCUUGCCACGGCAACCAAGUUGGAGGUGUCGGAGCUAAAUGGGGACUUAAGUUUGGUUUGUUCUGAUAUAGAAUCUGUCCAGUGUGCUGUUGAGACUCUGAGGUCAAAGCUUGAUCGGAUUGAAGGAACUCAGGACUCGACAUUGAGAGGAGUCUAUGAUCUUUGCCAGUUUGUUGGGAAAUUAGAGCAAGGAAGGAAUAAAGAACAUAUUCAGGACUCACCGCAGCGAACAAUUGAAUUUCCACAAAUAACUGCUGUCACGGCACUCUCUUUAACACCAUUGUCCACAGAAUCAGUGUCAUUAUCAGAAUCACCAUUACUGUCUAUACCAUCUACUCCUCAUGGGAAUCCCAGGGUUCUGCAUUCAUCAGCAGUUGUAUCCACUUCAGGACUAAAGGAUUUGCAGGGCUUUUCAAACACUACUAAACAGGGAAAUUCUAAGGUAACUAUUUCUCCAGGAAACACAUCUAAAGUUUCAAAUGGAACUACUACUGAACAAUGCAACAGUAGUGCACCGCCAAGUUCUUCUCGAUCCUUGUGGAAGUUCCCAAGCAUCAAUAUUCUUUCAAGAAACCGAAAAGCUAUCAGUUAGCGUUUAAUUACUUAUAAUAUACCAUCAUCUUAAACUGGUCGGUACAUUUUUGUAGACGUAUAGAUUUAUUGCAAGCAGUUGAUUUGUUCCAAUUGCAAUCCGCUUGGAACCUUCAACUUGAGGGAAGUGAUUUGUUCCAAUUGCAAUCCGCUUGGAACCUUCAACUUGAGGGAAGUACUACAAUGUUUCUUAACAAUCUCCAAUGUGGAUGCCAUAUGAAGCAAUUGCUGUUUAAUUGCAUUUAAAAAAAAACAUAAUGCA